AUGGCUCGACAAUUCUACGUUUUCUCGGUCAUUCUUUUGCUUGUUUUGUGUGAAGCCUCGAGUAUUCUGUCUGCCGUAGUUGUCCUUAGUCGAACAACAGCAUGUGCAAAUCCUGUCAAUUGUUUGAUUAAUCCAUGCCAAGGUGCAACAUGCAAGAACUAUCCGAAUGCUGUCUGCCGAGCAAAUUACUGUGGAGGAUGCAAUCGAACUUUCUACGUUGGCUGUAAAAAGGUCGAAUGUGGAUAA